AAAAGCCCAACAAAUCCCAACAAACACCAAGAAACAACAAAAUCCAGCAUUUAUAAAACCUGUUUGAAGACCCUCCCUUCUUCUCAAAUCAAACCCCACACUCUCUCUCUCUCUCACGUACACACUCUUCGUGCUCUCCGCCUCUCUCUCUCCUUCUCAUUUGUUCUUCUUUCAAUAUCAGAUCUCUCUUCUGUCGACACCAAUGGCUUCUCUCACACAAGCUUCUACUGCUCUUUCAACCUCCUUCAAGCCCACCUUGGCAGCCAGCAGCAGGAGCUCUGGUCUGAAGUCAGUUUCCUUUUCCAUCACUGGAAAGCGCUUCCCAUCUCUCAGUUCCCGACCUGGGCGUUUUCAAGUUUCUUGUUCGGCCAAACCAGAGACUCUGAACAAGGUGUGUGACAUAGUGAAGAAGCAGUUGGCUUUACCCGAAGACACAGCUGUGACCCCAGGCUCAAAGUUUGCUGAACUUGGCGCUGAUUCUCUUGACACAGUUGAGAUUGUGAUGGGACUUGAGGAGGAGUUUGGCAUCAGUGUGGAGGAAGAAAGUGCCCAGACCAUCGCCACUGUUCAAGAUGCAGCAGAUCUGAUUGAGAAGCUCGUUGAGAAGAAGAGUACUUAAUAGUUUAGAGAGAAUCAGAAAAACCUAUGGACCUUUUUCUUCCUUUAGUUUUUCUUUGUUUUUGUUUUUGUUUUGUACGAGCUUUAUAUUAUGGUUUUGGUACUUUAAUUAUCUUAUGGAUAUUUUAGUGUUCUUAAAUGUGAUGAUCUCAAGUGGUGUUUCUAUUGUUCUGAAUUUGGCUUUUUUAUCUGAUGAAGAGCGAAAAAAUACUGGAAAAAUGGUUGUUGAGUUCUGAAAA